AUCCCUAACCCUAACCUCUUGUUCUGUUUUGGAGACAGAUGCAGUGAAACCCACAGAGAGAGGAAUAAAAGAAAAAGAUGAACAACUUGGAGGGUUUGCAAAAUCUGGCGGAGCAGUGGUUGCAUCGAGUAAUUGAGUCUGUUCGACAAACAGAGACUGCUCUUUUUGUUGCCACUUUUAUUGUGUUACAAACGAUCAUUAUGCUCUUAAUUGAUCACUUUUUCGGACGUAAGAAACCUAGUACGGUUGUGUUGUUGUCUGGUCUAGGCGGAAGUGGCAAAACAGUGCUCUUCAAUCGACUCCGAGAUGUAUCCACACGUCAGAGUGAUGUAAUGUCAGUCGAACUGGACCAACAAGGCAACUUUCUCCUUCGCACUGAAAUCCCUAUGCUCCGAGAUUUAUCCACACGUCAGAGUGAUGUAAUGUCAGUGGAACUGGACCAACGCACCUUUCUCCUUCGCACUGAAAUNAUCAUAUCCCUAACCCUAACCUCUUGUUCUAGAGAGGAAUAA